AGGAGGAGGAGAGGAGGGAGGAGAGGAGGGGGGAGAGAGAGGGGGGGAGGAAGAGAAAAAAGGGUUGCAUGAAUGAGUGGUGGAUAUGGCGGCCGUUGGGGACUCUCCGAAGUCAGCUCUGACGGCGGUGGGACAGGAGGUGGGCGCUAUGAGGUUUGAGGAGCCAGAUUACGCCAGCUCUAAUUGGUAUUUUUCGAGAGAGGAGAUAGAGAGGAACUCCCCUUCGCGCAGAGACGGCAUAGAUUCGAAGAAGGAGUCGUAUUUCAGACGCUCUUAUUGCACGUUUUGUCAAGACGUAGGAAUGAAACUCAAAGUGCCACAGCUGACAAUUGCAACUGCAAUAGUGUUUUGCCACCGAUUCUUUUUGCGGCAAUCGCAUAGACUAAAUGACAGAUUUAUGAUUGCCACCAUCUGUAUGUUCCUGGCGGGGAAGGUGGAGGAAACCCCCCGACCGCUGAAGGAUGUAAUACUUGUCUCCUAUGAAGUGCGGCACAAGAAGGACCCAGUGGCACUUCAAAAAAUCAAACAAAAGGAAGUCUUUGAGCAGCAAAGGGAAAUGGUCCUUGUCGGUGAGCGUCUGGUCCUGCAGACUCUGGGGUUCGAUCUCAACAUCCACCAUCCGUACAAGCCCCUCAUUGCUGCUGUGAAGAAGCUUGGGACUGCACAGAGCUUGUUAGCGCAGGUCGCCUGGAAUUUCGUCAAUGACGGAUUGCGAACGUCUCUUUGUCUGCAGUUCAAGCCCCAUCACAUCGCUGCAGGCGCUAUCUUUCUCGCUGCAAAAUUUUUGAAAGUGAAGUUGCCAUCGGAGGGGGAUCGAACAUGGUGGCAAGAAUUUGGAGUUACACCGAAACAAUUGGAAGAAGUGAGCAGUCAAAUGCUGGAGCUCUACGAGCAUCAGGGAGCGGCGGGUGGAGGUGGUGGUGAAUCCACAGGGGCUCCUGUGCAGGCACUGUCGCAGGCAGCACAGUCGCAGUCUGUAAAUCAGCCAUCACGGGCGCAUGUAGUGCAACAGUCACAGCCUCCUCCUCCUCCUCCUCCUCCACCCCCCCCACCCCCGCCACCCCCCCAACCUCCUCAACCAAUGGCACUGGCAGCAUUGCAGUUGAAGCCAGAUUUGGCGCAACAACCGAGAUCUCCUCUCCGCUCGCGACAUAAGCUUGUGCCAGCGCACGCUUCGGAGCCCCUGUUGCAGUUCCAAGAUGCGAGACCAGCCAGACCGAGCUCGCCGGCGGCACGUGCGCAAGUCGAUUUGUCGGAUGCUGCUCGAGAGCAUCACCUAACCCCGAAGGGAGCGGGAGGGUGCAGUCCUCCCGGUACUUCCUUGCCUCCAACCAGCAAUGGGAACGCUUAUGUGGAUACCAAAAUUUACGACAGGCGGGAGAUUGAGCGGGGCCGCGCCCCUGUUGAAAAUGGAGUUGGAGAGCGAGGAUCUCCACGGGAAAGGGUGGGGGAUGCACGGCGGUGGAAAUUGUUUAAGAAGCCAGAGGAGGAAGGGCUGGUGCGGCGUGAUCCCGAGGAUGGGCUUCCUGAAGGCAGCCCACAGCUGCCCAGAGGGAAACCGACGGGAGAUGCAGAGAGGGUUGUGAAAGUUCUUGGAGAGAGGGUGGAUGCCGCGGAAGAUGUUGGAGAGCGUGGGCAAGGCUUGGCAGAGGAAAGGGGAGAAGUCCAGAAUAGGGUUGACCCAGCCUCUGACGACGAGAGGAAUGAGAGGGAGCACGAAGAAAACGAGGAAGAGAUGUGGGAGCUGAUUGAACAGGUGGAAGUGAAUGAUGGACCAAAGAAGGCAAAGCCGAAGAAGACCGUGGAUAAGCGGCGGUUGCCGGUGGUUGUAAAGUCAAAAGAUUUGUUGGGGAUGGUCUCUCCAAGGCGGCGAAGGGUCAGUGGGAUGGAGUUGAAGAAGGAAGAUGAGGAAGAAGGCGAGCUGGGUGGGAAGAAACGUGUGGAGGAAGCGGAAGAGAUGAAGAAGGACAAGGCAAGCCCUAGGAUCGAGGCAGUGGAAAAGCGUAAGACAGCGGAUGUGACGGAGGGUAGAGAGCGCGAGAAAGUGGAGGAUGGUGAAUUGCCGACCUUAGCGGUGACGAAGGAAAGAAGAGCGGGUACAGCGUCGGCAAGCGAUGGAAGCCCUUCGCGACCAAGCCCGAGUGGUGAUGCAUUGGGACGAUCCCGUGAUCGGGGUGGAUACCACAGUAGUAGUCGUUAUGAUCGGCAUUACUACGGACGAGAUCAUUACCACCGGCAUGUUGGCCAUGGGGGCAGUGGAGGGACAGGUUUAGGGGGCGGUGCAGGGUCUGCGUAUCGGUACCGCCAUGGCGAUGGGGUUGACAGGGACAGGGUAGACAGACAUCGUCAUCGGGACAGGGAGUGGCCUGGGGACGUUGAGGACCACCGACACAAAAAAGGACGAUACGAGCAUUGAUUUCUGCUUCGUCGAUUUUGUUUUCUUCUUUAGGAAAUUUAGCCAUCCGGAAUCCUGACAUGAUGCAGAGAAAUGUGUUCCAUCAUCUUUCGUCUUAGCAUUUAGACUUGUGUUGCAUCCAUGGUUUUCUGUGAUUAUGCUCUUGUUUCAUUCUAGCAAAGGAAAGGGGGGAAGAGGGGUGGGGGGUAAAAGGAAAGUAAACAGGGGAAAGGAGGGAGGUAGAUGGAAGUGAAAAGAGGGGGGAGAGGGGGGGAGUUUGAGGCGAGAGGGAGAGAGAUCGUUGAAGUUUGGGAUUUGGGAGUGAGUGAUCGGGGUGGAGAAGAGGGGGAGGGGGUUAUGCGAAAAGCAUCUGUCCAUGUUAUGGUGUGAAGGAUUCUGUAUGCAGGCCCACUUUCGUAGAGAAUGAUUUGCUUCGAUCCGGAAAGACAUCGGACUUCGGCGCUGUGUUAUGGCAGGGUCAAGAAGAAAGUGGUGGUAUAUGGCCGGACGCGAAUUAUUUUGCGU